AUGCGGAGACUCGCAGGGCGCUGUGAGCCCAACCUCGGACGUCGGGGAGCUGUCGGAAAAAGACUACAGGAGUGGAUCUCUGUCAUCUUAUGCUUCUCUCUGAUCUGUUUCAACUUUUACAAUCUUCUCUUCUACUUGCGACUUGAACACACGCCCUCCAUUAUUGUUGGGAUAUUUGCAGGCGUAAUUACAGCAGACUUUCUAUCAGGAUUAUUUCAUUGGGGGGCAGACACCUGGGGAUCUGUGGAGCUACCCAUCGUUGGAAAGGCUUUCAUCAGACCCUUUAGAGAACAUCAUAUUGACCCUACAGCAAUUACCAGGCAUGAUUUCAUAGAGACCAACGGAGACAACUGCUUCAUGACAUUGGUCCCAUUGGCAAACAUGGCAUACAAAUUUGUUUCCUUUUCUCCAGAAGCAUUGUAUGAAACAUGUCCUUGGGAGUGCUAUGUCUUUGCCCUUAUCAUCUUCAUAACCAUGACGAACCAGAUUCACAAGUGGUCUCACACGUAUUUUGGUCUUCCACGCUGGGUCAUCUUUCUACAGGACUGGCAUGUUAUCCUGCCUCGGAAACAUCACAGGAUUCACCAUGUGUCUCCACAUGAGACAUACUUCUGCAUUACAACUGGUUGGCUGAACUACCCGUUAGAGAAGAUCAGAUUCUGGAGGUGCUUGGAGUACAUGAUCCAAGGACUUACUGGGGAGAAGCCAAGAGCAGAUGACAUGAAAUGGGCUCAGAAAAUUAAAUAACUUUUGCCAGCCAUCUGCAAUCCUUACCUUUGUUGCCAAUUUUUUUUUUUUUUUAAAGAAGCCAUCAGCCAAAUUCAAGACCUGCAAAGAGAUAACAGACUCUAAAGCACAAACUAAGAAGUGCUAACAGACUUUAAUUUAAAGAACUAAUUCUUAAAACAAUACUUGAAGAUGAUUACUUUUACUGAGCACCUUUUGUUUAGCCAAGUCGCUUACAUCCUAGAAAAUACUUCAUCACUGUAUUUUGUAAAGCUGUCAGGCAAGCCAGAAGGCAGGACAGUUACUUCAUUGGUACGUGGUGGCUUUGUAAACGUGUUGUAUCAACAUUAUUUAACAUUUCAAAAAUAGCUUGUUGCCUAAGACCUCUGGGGGGAAUGGUGACCACAGUUUGUCACUUCAUGUUCAAGUCCAAAUAACACUGCAUGAAAACAGUGUGCCAGUACUGGAAGCCUAUAAAAUCGUCACUGUUCAAUGCACUCUGUUUGGUAAACUUGCAGCAGCUUCAUCUUUGCUAUCAUGUUGAAUCUAACUGAUGUAAUGUGGAACAGAACUUUGAGAAUCCCACUCCACCGGUGGGUCAUGAAUCCUUAAGUGUCCUCAGUUUCCCUUAACAUAAAAUUGUUCUACUGUCUACGUGAAAUUGGGCAAACCAUUUCUGUAUAAGCCUUCAGUUGUACCUUAACAACUGCCUGAGGAGAGGGAGGGCACAGCACAUGCUUGCAUUUGUUUGUGUGGAGUGCUCACUGCUGAGCCUUCCAUUAAGUGUUUCCUACCCUGACAAUAAAUGUUUGAAAUAGUUAUAGUAUUGGGCACAUUGCAAAUAGCUGUAUUCGAGAGCUCAAGGUAUCAAACUUGUAAUGUUAGAAGGGAAACGUCAAUGACUGAUGUCUUGUUCAUAUUUUUUUUAAGGUGCUUGCUUGUUUCUGUAAAUAAUAUAAGGCCUUAAUCUCUUCUGGUGUAACGGAAUAAUAUUUUAAUGUGAUGUUUGAAUGUAUAUAAUAUAUUUAUAACAGAGCAAUUGGAUAAUACUAAUCACAUUUGUUAUGACUUGUUGCUGUUCUUCAUUCAUACAUUCUCAGUGUUUAGCCCAGACUUGAUCACUUGGUUGCAAAAUGCAGUUCCAAGCACCUGAGUAUUUUGCAGCCUGUUAAGCCUUGUUUAGGUUGAAGUGGGCACUUGUUCUUCAGCUUUGUUAGGAGCUCAACACUACAUUACACCAGACUUCAGCACCUUUCCACAAGUGCAAUUAGCUGCAAUGGCAUUGGAUGCUAAGGAUAAAAUUGGGGAAAAAAAUUCCCUUAGCACAAUAUUAAGUGUUUACAUCCAACAGGCAGUGAAUUGUGUGAAUGUGGUUUGCUUCUUGUUUAAUUCUCUUCUAAAUGAAAUCUUACUGAAGGUCAAACCAAAGGUUCUCUUCACUAGUUGUAAACCGUACUGAGUUUAUACUGUACUUUCCUGAAGUGCAUGGUAAGGGGCUUUUAAGUCAUAGGUUCAGACUGACCUUGAUCGUGCUGUGUGUGUAAGCUUUUAAGUACCAAUUUUCAAUGAUGGACAACACAUUGAAGGGUUGGGACUUGGCAACUCUCCUUCAGUUAGAACUGAUGAAUGCUGAAGUCUGAGCUGGCUUCUACAAAUAAAGUCACGGUUGGUACUACA